CCCUUCCGGGGUAACCGUGCGGUGGCCGACAUCUUGCUUACGGAGGUGCGGCUUGUUGCUCAUCUCCUGACGGCCGGGUUUUUAGUCGCUCCGGGUUUCAGGUUUGGGCCGUCUCCCCGCGCUUCUUUCACCUGAGAUGUUCGUGUGUUUCUAGAAGAAGACUUCAUUGGGAAGUAAAGGUCAAUGCAGAGCUGUGUGUAAGAUGUCUUAUGAUGAAAUUGGAGCUAAAUCCAUGGGACAUGGGGAAGAACUAACAAUUGAACCAUGCUAUAAGAAACUGAAGUCUACUGAAGAGGCGUAUGUUUUCCCCCAUCAUGGAAACGCUAGUUUUCACAGAAUCAAAGAGAAAACUGGAAGUCAUCGGGUCCCUGUGCCCAUCAUUGAUAGCAGAGGACGUAGUCAUCCUCAGGAGGACAAAACCAAAACUACAGAUUUGCUGAAACCUGUGCAUGAUGAGAUGCCUGGUGAUAGACCAAAUGUUACCGAGUCUAUUGAUUCACAGAUUUUACAGGAUACACGCCCUGCAUUGGUAUCCAAAGAUGAUGAUAUAUAUAGUACAAGUACAGCAUUUAUAGGACCCAUUUACAAACCCCCUAAGAAAAAGAAAUGUAAUGAAAAGAGGGAUCAAGCAGACACUAUCAAUGGUAUAGAUGGCAAAGGAGAACAAGAAGAGAAACAGAAAUUUAACUCCAAAAUAUCAGAGAUCGACAAUGAAUUAUCUCAGUUUUACAAAGAAAUCGAAGAGCUUGAAAAUGAAAAAGAUUCAGAAAGCAGCUGUAAGGAGCUUGAACCCUCUAAGGAACAACUUAUUCCAUAUUAUCAGGGUCAUAAUAAUGAGGUAUUAAAAUUUGAAGAAGAGAAAAAGGAUCUUAGUAAUAGUCCUCAGUCACAUUUUGAUUAUCAGCAGUGUGAUGGGAAUGAGCCAGGCGAAUAUCCUUGUAAUGGACAAGUAAUACCUACAUUUUGUGAUAAUUCGUUUACUUCCUUCAUGCCUGAAUGGCAGUCAAUGCAUUCUUUUAUAGUUCCCCAAGAUCCUUGUGUUCCCAGCUUUAACUGUCACUUAAAUAUUCAAAGAUUCAGUGUUCCACCAAAUCCACCAAGUAUUUUCCACACCCAAGAUGGCUUUCAGAUGCAACGUGGAUAUUAUGUAGAUAGUUGUCAAGUUAACUGGAAUUGCUCAACUUUUGAUCACAACGAUGCAUACACUGAGUGUAGUGACAUUACCAGUAGUGAUCAUUCCUCUAGAAAUGGCUGUGGUGUGCAAGAUGGAUAUGCUAGUAAUGGUUUCUGUGAAACCAGAGAAGGAUGCUGGAAAGAUUCUUCUGUUUACCAGCAUAAUGGAACAGACAGGUUUAUGAACCAGCAGUUUCAAGAGGAAAAGUUAAAUAAAUUACAGAAGUUACUUAUUCUUUUAAGAGGUUUGCCUGGUUCUGGGAAAACAACGUUGUCUCGAAUUCUGCUUGGUCAGAGUCGUGAUGGCAUUGUGUUCAGCACUGAUGACUAUUUUCACCAUCAAGAUGGGUACAGGUAUAAUGUUAAUCAGCUUGGUGAUGCCCAUGACUGGAACCAGAACAGAGCUAAACAAGCUAUCAAUCAGGGGAGAUCUCCAGUUAUAAUAGACAACACUAAUACACAAGCUUGGGAAAUGAAACCAUAUGUGGAAAUGGCCAUAGGAAAAGGAUACAGAGUAGAGUUUCAUGAACCUGAAACUUGGUGGAAAUUUGAUCCUGAAGAAUUAGAAAAGAGGAAUAAACAUGGUGUGUCUCGAAAGAAGAUUGCUCAGAUGUUGGAUCGUUAUGAAUAUCAAAUGUCCAUCUCUAUUGUAAUGAAUUCAGUGGAACCGCCACACAAAAGCACACAAAGACCUCCUCCUUCACAGGGGAGACCGAGGUGGGGAGGCUCUCUAGGCUCACAUAAUCAAGUCUGUGUCACAGAUAAUCGUUAAGUUGGCUAUUUUCAGCUAACACGUUUGUUGCUUGCCCUUAAAAAAUUUUAGUGAGCCUGUCUUGAAGUUUAAGUAGUUUUAAAUAAAAAAAAAAAAAAAAACUACACUGCCUCACGAAAGAUGUUCCCAGCAAGUUGUUUAAAUUCUGAAGUGUAAAUAAAAAUUAUAUAACAUUGUA